CUCUAAGUUAUGUUAUUUGAAUUCCAAGGUGAGUGUCAUAUAUAAGUACGUGUCCAACAUGGAUAUGCCUAAUUUUUUUUUUUAAGUUUUUUCAUUUAUUUGGAGAGUUGGACUUUCUUACUCAUGUCCAUUGAAUAUGUGUUUGACACGAGUACAAGGAAAAUGAAGAGUGGAAGCAACAUAAACUCUAAGCCUAAAGGGUGUUUAAAUAUUUAAGAACAGAUUGAUAAUCCCAUUUCAAUAAUGCACGAAUCAGGAAGAAUCCUGGCCCGUGAGAAAAGGCAAAGAAAAAUAUAGAACGUAGUACAAUUAUGGUACUAGGGCUAAUGCUGAUGAAGAAAAAAGCUAUGGGAAAAAAAAUGGAGGGACCAUGAAAUGUUUGGAAUUUGGCUGGAAUUGUCACGGGAUAUUGUUACGAACCUUCACCAAUCCGCAACUCUUCUAUGUCAUUCUCUUCCUCUUUCCCUUCCUUUAUCUUCUGUACGGUUGUGAACUUUCCUUCCUCAAGCAACUAAGAUGUCUUUCAUGGCUCCCAUUUCUCCUCCUUUGUUUGCUUCAUCUUAUGAACAUGAUAGACCAGACCUUGAAUUCAUAAGGGUAGUUGUGAAUUCAAUCAACCAAUACAUUUGUGCAUUGAUAACCGAUAAUGAAACUAGGAAUUCUCUGAGAUUGAAAUGCACUUCCAGGCUAAAUUUCCAAAAGCAGGAGUUUUUUGAAUUCUCUGAGCAUGCGAUCCUGUCAAAUCUAUAUUGGGGCAUUGACAGCAUUGAAGCUGCAUUCCAGGCAAAGUUGCAAGAAGAGAGAACUUGUCGGCUAAAGAAUUCGGAGAAAAUGCUUCAGGUUCCAGCUUUGCUUGAUGAACAAGGAAUCACUGCUGGAAUUUCAAAUGAGUUUUUGGUUUGUUGCUCCUACUUUUACCUGUCGGUAGUUAAGAAUCUGCAGAAUGAUCAGUUGCAGGCUGCUUUGCAUUUUCUCCAAGCUCUGUUGGUCUCACCAGUACUUGUUCGAAAAGAAUUCGCCUCAGAACUCUGCGAAAGCCUUUUCCUUUCCUUCACCAAGUUUGAGACGGAAGAAAUAGGUGGAACGAGACGACUGCAAUCUGCUUCCAGCAAGGAUUUUGCUAGGGACAACCUUAGCGCAUCGACAAGGCAGAUGGCAAGGAGAUACAGAGAUUGGUUAAUGUAUUAUCAGGUCAUGUUAUAUGGGGAGACAACUCAGCCACAAUACAGAUGCAGUGAUAUUCAGUCCUCUGACUAUGAAUCAAAGAAUUUCAGCAGCCAUGAGGUAGCCAGCAGCACAGAAUCUUCAACGUCAGCUGAGCACCGAUAUAGAGGGCAGACGAAUUUUAAGUUUGAGAAGGUUCAUCCACUUGAUCCUCGAGAAGAUAUAACUAGGAGCAUGACAUACGAAACCCAGGCAUCCAGAAAAGAUAAAGACAGUCAAGUUCAUAGAAAAGCUAUAAAGGACUGGGAUCACAUUCCAAGGUUGAAACUUCAAAGCAUGCAGCUAUACAGGAACCAAAGUAUCAAACGCCUGCAGGAUGUGCUGAAGGAAUCCCAGUCAGAUACACCAACUUCAGUAAACUCAGGCUAUACCGAUUUUGAGGAUGCAAAUGAUUUGGAGGAGAACAUGGAGGACAGUACAACCUUGUUUAAUACUGCAAAAAUAGAUGCUGAUGACCAAGAACAAGCAAGUUAUGAUCAGACGCUGCAACCUCCUAAUGGUACACUAGGCCAAGAGUACAAAGCAAUAAUGUUUCCUCAAGUUCCUGAGGAUGAGUGUCCACCACAGGAAGAUGUCAAUCAAGCAAACAUUGCCAAAUAUUUUCCUGAGAGAUUGUUCAGAUCUUUCAAUGAUUUAAAUCUAUCCAUGUUAGAAAUUGGAGACAAGAAAGGAAACACAUUUCACCAUGUAGAAGAUGCUCAGAGACAAUUAGAGCCACAAAGGAUCCGGCUCUUUGAACAGAUAGAACCAACCUAUCGUCGGAGCAAAAGCUUGAUUCAGAUGAAGCAAGAAAUGACUGCUGCAAAGGAGAAGCUGGACUCACAUUGCUGGGGAAAGUAUAGUGAAUUAUGCCUAUCUUUGAGAAGAGAUUCUAAGAGUGAAUUAUUGGAGAUAAUCGAGAAUGCAGUUUCAAAACUAUGUUUGUCAGAUGAAUUUGAGAAAUCGGGCAAAGAUUAUGCUGUUGAAGUCAUAGCUAUUUACAGAAUGUUGAACAAUAAACAAGGCGUGAAGUACACAAUGUUAAAGGAUGUGAUUCUGGACCAACUGCUGAUAGCUGUUUCAACUUCCAAAGAGGAAACAGUGAUAAGAGCAUCAGUUACUGUACUAACAACCAUCAUUUCAGCAAACAUAUCACUCAUAGAGGAUAUCAAGAGGAAGGGUUUACAAUUGACUGAUCUAGCAAGGGCCCUAAAACACAAUGUGCAUGAGGCAGCUACCCUUAUAUAUUUAAUAAGGCCAUCUCCUGCGGAAAUAAAGACUUUAGAGCUCUUACCGACACUUGUGGAGGUAAUUUGCACCUCAAACAGUUAUAGAUGUAUGCUACAAAAGUCACUUAUGCUGACACCGCCUGCAGCAUCACUGAUGAUUAUUGAAGUACUAGUAACUGCAUUUGACUAUGCUACAAAUAACAUGCACUUAGCAGCAAUAAACUCUCCUCGUGUCCUAUCUGGACUCCUAGAUGUUGCAAGGAAUCAUAGCUUGGAAGAACAUAUUUCUUUGGCUACAAUUCUUGUAAAGUGUAUGCAGUUUGAUGGACAGUGCAGAAAACAUAUAUCUCAAGUUAUUCCAGUGGCUCCAUUUAUCAAUUUGCUACAAAGUAAAGAGAAGCGUGCAUGGUUCAUGGCACUUGAAUUUUUUCACGAGAUCCUUCGCAUUCCACGGUCAUCAGCCAUUAGCCUAUUGCAGCAGAUACAGAAUGGAGGCAUCAAUAUUAUGGACAUAUUAAUGACUUGUGUUUGCCAAUUGCCACCUGACUACCAACUUCUGGCAGCAAAUUUGUUGCUUCAAUUAGACACACUGGAAAACUCAACUGGUAAAAGCAUGUUCAGAGAAGAGGCUAUGAAGGUCCUCCUUCAGUCAAUAGCAUCUGAAGAAAGCUCAAAUUCACAGCUAUUGUCAGCAUUCAUUCUUUCAAAUAUUGGUGGAACUUAUUCUUGGACAGGGGAAUCAUAUACAGUAGCAUGGCUAGUGAAAAAGGCAGGUUUAACCUCCUUGUAUCAUCGAAACAUGAUAAGAAACUUUGAUUGGUUGGACCAGAGCCUGCAGGAUGCAGGAAUUGAUUUAUGGUGCAGCAAGAUUGCAAGAAGCAUCUGUGAAUUUGGGAAACCGGCAUUCGUUGCUUUACAAAAAGGACUAAAGAGUGAGAUAAAGACCGUUGCUCGGGAUUCUCUCACAACCAUUGCAUGGCUCGGUUGUGAAAUUUCCAAAAGUCCAAAUAGCCUUAGAUAUUCAGCAUGUGAGAUCUUACUCGGUGAAGUUGAGAAAUUUUUGCAUCCUGGAGUGGACCUUGAAGAAAGACUUCUAGCAUGCCUAUGCAUCUAUAACUAUGCUUCUGGAAAAGGGAUGAAGAAACUAAUUCACUUUUCGGAGGGAGUACGAGAAUCACUGAGACGAUUUUCAAAUGUAAUCUGGAUGGCGGAGGAACUACAUAGAGUAGCUGACUUCUACCUGUCCAAUAGAUCGCGUAUUUCUUGCGUUCACACACAAAUUCUGGAGGCAAGUCACAAAUACAGUGGAGCUGUAACAGCCCUCAUCUACUACAAGGGAAUGCUUUAUGGUGGAUACUCUGAUGGUUCAAUAAAGGUAUGGGAUGUCAGAUCGCGAUCAGCCACGCUUUUAUGGGAUGUGAAGGAGCACAAGAAGGCAGUAACAUGCUUUUCCCUCUUUGAACCAGGGGAGAGCCUUUUAAGUGGAUCUGCUGAUAAGACAAUUAAGGUUUGGCAGAUGGUCCAAAAGAAAUUGCAGUGCAUUGAAGUUAUAGCAACAAAGGAACCAAUUCAAAAGUUAGAAACAUAUGGGCAAAUGAUAUUUGUGAUCACCCAAGGCCAUCGUAUUAAGGUUUUUGAUUCAUUAAGAACAGUUAAUGGUAUCUGCAAAAGCAAAAGUGUGAAGUGCAUGAGGGUGGUUCGGGGAAGGAUUUAUGCAGGCUGCAUGGAUUCAAGCAUUCAGGAGAUAUCUAUAGCUAGUAACCAUGAGAGGGAGAUCAAAGCACCAGUAAAAAAAUGGAGAAUGCAUAGCAAGCCCAUCAAUUCAAUCAUCGUGUACAGAGACUGGCUUUACUGUGCAAGUUCAAUGGUUGAAGGUUCCAAUAUCAGGGAAUGGAGAAGAAACUCGGAGCCCCAAAUGUCAAUGGCACCAGAGAAAGGAGCAAACAUACUGGCAAUGGAAAUAGUGGAAGAUUUCAUAUACUUAAAUUGCAGCUCAUCAGCAAACAGUCUUCAGAUUUGGUUGAGAGGAACACAACAGAAAGUGGGGAGAAUAUCAGCAGGAAGUAGGAUAACAAGCCUCAUCACUGCCAAUGACAUUGUACUAUGUGGUACAGAAUCAGGGCUAAUCAAGGGCUGGAUCCCCCUCUAGCUGAGAACCAAUAUCUCAAAAGCUCUGGCAUAGAAAAUAUACAUAGAAAAGAGGAUUUGAGCUGUCAUACCAUUGUUAUCAAUCCAAAGAAUGUCAUUUAUGUACAGUAAUGUUAUGUAAUCAUAGUAGCCAAAGAAUGCCAUUGUUUAUAUCACAUAUGGAGAUCAAAGAAUUAAUUAAUGCAUAUCAUAUAUAUUUCACUGUAUAUUCCCUUUCUCCUUGCAGUUCCAAAGCAUCAAAUCUCAAAACAAUAUAAACCAAAUUAAGCAUCAAAUUGAGCAUUACCCACAUGAGUUAGUCCAUUCGGUU